AUGCCCAAAGGAAAACCAUUGAAAACGAGAGUUUUAGGUCUCCCAAAAGGCUAUAAAUACAAAGAGUGGUUGGAUUCUCAGUUAAAUGUGGAUGAACCUUUUAUUGAUUAUUUCAAGUUCGCCGAUACUUUUGAUGGUUCAGAGAGCGCAACAAACUACCAUUAUGCAGACCUUCUUGAAAAGUUGUCAUCUGGACAAAGUAAUAAGCUGACAAAGAUUGCUUCUAUUGCAAAAACGUUGUACAACUCACGAAAGCUUAAUUCUAAGUUUGGUAAACGGUAUGAAGAAUAUUGGAAGAUGAAGAAUGAGGACAUAAAGUUGCAAAGAACUAUGAGAACCCAAAAUCAACAAACAGUAUUACGAUUAAAGGAAUUAACAAUUAAGCAUAUUCCACACUUUGCGCAAAUGGUAAUACUUCAAUCCAAGGGAAAUAAUAAUAUUGAAGUAUCUGCGGAAGACGAAUUUACAGAGGAUAGUAUCACCCAAAGGGUUAUGACACAAACAACAAACCUUCCAUCGACUGUUAGAGUUGGAGACUUGAAAAUAAUAGAUUUAUCGUUACAAAUAGCUGAGGAAAUGUUAAAAGCGGAGACUUCUGCUGCUCAAUUUGAGUCUAUAAUGAAAGCAAGCAAAAUUGAUCUAAAUCCCAUGUCCGUCCAAGCAAAUACACUUAUCAAAGUUGGUAACAAAAUGAUUGCUCCUGGACUAGUGGAAUUCUCUGGAGGUAUCAAUGAUAAGACCUCUUCUCGAAAGAACGCAAAGGAUAUCGAAAAGUUGUACACUAAUAUGCUUGUUCAUUAUGAUGGUGUAAUGUAUAGGACAGUUGAUGUAGUUGUUGAUAUCCCAAAUACACCAAGGAAAUUAGUUGCAUAUGUAAAUCAAAUACCAAGUAUACUUGCAUGGAAGGAGGCCCUGAUUAAUCAUGCCCUUGAUUUAAAUUAA